CACCAGAAAUAAGAAUACGACGGAAGUUGCAUAAACCUCGUUUUGAGUCUCGCUGGAACCACGAGAAGGAACCAUGAGUACGCCGGUGUUCAUAGAUUUGCCUAUUCCCGAACAGGCACAAGAACUAAGAAUAUACCUCAAAUCACUGAGUGCAGACAUUUCAGAAGAAAAAGCUGAAGCAGGCAUUCUUACAGAUUUACGACACAUCAUUGAAGCAAGCACGAUAUGCUGGAAUUCUAAAGAUGUCAAUGAAAAUGACGUUGAGAUGGUAUUCAAUAGUGUCAUUUCCCUCAUCCUGGUCCUGCCACCCGAGGAAAUGCUGGAACCUGUCACACAUUUCUGUGAGAAAGUCGUCAAGUGUCCACAGGGGGACCGCAGAGGUUCUCUCCGUCUAAAGCUUUUAUCUAAUUUAUUCUAUGGACUGGAUGAGAGGUCUCCAUUAAGGGCUGACUUGUAUGUGUCUAUGGUCAAACUGGCACAGCAGGCUGAUCUGGUCCCCCAGCUAGCCAUUAACAUAGAACAGGUGAAGAAAUGGGUGUCACAGUGGGAUAUUAGCACCACCAAACUACAGAAUCUCCUCAGAUCUGUGCAUGAUGCCCUGGUUGAGGGGGGAAUGAGUGAUAAAGCCACAAAAGUGAUGAUAGAUCUGCUAGGUACAUACACAGAAGACAACGCCUCACAGGCCAGAGAUGAUGCCCACAGGUGUAUAGUGACACAUUUAGGAGAUCCUAACACAUUCUUGAUGGACCAUCUUUUAUUGCUAAAACCGGUCAAAUUUCUGGAAGGAGAAUUAAUUCAUGAAUUACUGACAAUUUUUGUGUCUGGGAAGAUUUCACAGUAUCAACAAUACUAUAAGAAUAACACAGACUUUGUUAAAUCCUUAGGUUUGUCCCAUGAGCAGAAUUUACGCAAGAUGCGGUUCCUGUCAUUUGUCCAGCUAGCCGAGGACAAGAAAGAAAUAGAUUACGCUGUCAUUCAAAAGGAAAUGCAGCUCGAAGAGGCUGAGAUUGAGGACUUCAUCAUUGAUGUGCUCAGAACUAAAUCAGUGAGAGCCAAGAUUGACCAGCUUCAGAAGAAGGUGAUGAUUAUGUCCACCAUUCACCGGACGUUCGGCCGACAGCAGUGGCAGAUUCUGCGACAGACGCUGACACAGUGGCGCGAAAAUCUCGGCCAAGUACAGACUAGUCUUCAGCAGCUCGACUUGAUGCAGACCCAAACACCAGCAUAGAACGAGGCAUAACCCGAGGAUUAAAACAGCGAGACUCAAAACUGUUGAUUUAAAUCUCUAUAAGUGUAAUAAAUGGACAUCAAUAUGUCAAAUCAUGUACAUGUAUUUAAAGACAAUAAACUCAUUAACUGGA